UAGAAUCGAAUUACCAUAGAUGUUGGUAUUGGAGAUUCUCUCAAAGCUUCCUGUUAAAUCCUUGACCCGUUUCAGGUGCGUUUGUAAGCCCUGGUCUUCAUCUUUUGAAACCCCUCAUUUCAUUACCAAACAUCAUCAGAACAAUCUCAAAAACAAUAACCUUAAUCUCCUUCUCAAACACUGUCAUGGAGACACCAGUGAUGACAUCCAUUAUUUCUCUCAACUUUUGACCGAGAAAGACCAAAACUUUAUAGUAAAACACAAUAUUCACUUACCCUUUUUCGAUAAUUUUGUGCAUGCACCUUUAGUUCUUGGCCUUUGUAAUGGGAUAUUGUGUUUAGUAGAGCGAGUAGUUGGACAUAAUGUUGCCCUUUGGAACCCAUCUACCAGAGAGUUUAAAAUCCAUCCUCAAUCCACAGUCCAACGCCCUCCUGGACUACUGGAAUUCUCCAGUUUUGAUUGCUUUGGUUUUGGGUAUGAUUCUCAAACCGAUGACUUCAAAGUUGUAAGAUUUGUUACUUAUUACUUUGAAGAGAAUCUAGAUGAAGGGUUGAUGGUAGAUUGGAACAACCAAGUUGAGUUAUAUUCGCUCAAAAGCGAUUCAUGGAAGGAAAUUUCAUUUCCUGAGAACAAUAUUAUUUGGAACUUUUGGACUUCAAUGGAUUUCUUGGUGCUCUUUUUUACCCAAGGGAAGGAACUGACAAGUCUUUUUAUUUAUGGGUUAUGAAUGGGUCAUGGACUAAACAAUUCAGUGUUAAAUCUGUUGUUGGAGUUGAGAGGCCUUUGGGGUUUUGGAAAAAUGGCUAGUUGUUUCUUGAGAGCUCAGAUCAAGAACUAGUUUUAUUUGAUCCGUCCAUACAAGAGCUUAGAAAUCUUGGUAUUCACGCUUAUCAAGAAACAAUGCACAUUACUUCUUAUGUUGAGAGCUUGGUUCCAUUGAAUGGAAGAUCAGAGCAUGAGGAAUGUAUAAUACGACGGCCAGCGGGAGACAAAGAUGGAUAGGGAACUACAUUCAAAAGAGGUAUGAUUUC